CGGAUCCCAGCCCUGCGGGUUUUCCCUAAGAUCCCGGCCCGGCCAUGCGGCAAGCGGCGGCUUUUUUGCCAUGGAGCCGGAACUCGCGGCAGCUCUUGCGCAGCACUUCCCAGAGGCCGGCUUCGUGGCCACGCUGCCCGGCAGGCCGAAGGAGUUCCUGGCUCUGCUGCAGCGGAAGGACGGCGAGGUGUCGCUGCUGGCCACCGACUGCCUCCAGGGCGUCUUCCGCGCCCGCCUGGACUCAGAGGCAUUGCAGGAGCUGCGGCGCGGCGCAGGAAUGGCCGAGUUCGAGUGGACCACCUUCCUGGGGCUCCUCCGCGCGGCCUUGAAGGGUGAGGAGGGCUGCACCACGACCGCGCACCCGGAGCCUGGCGGGGCCGCUCUGCGCCUGGAGCUGCGGUUCCGGCUGCAGAGCGCGGUGCUGCUCAGCAGCCUUCGCCUGCCGGCCGUCGCCUCUCUGCCGCCAACCCCUUCGGCUGAGCCCUUCCUGCAGGAGCUCCGUGGCUUCUUCUUGGGCGCCUUGGCCGCGGAGCGGGCGGAGCGGCCGGCGGUCGCCUUUGCCUCGGGGAUUUCGGCAACGUCCGCCAGCAGCGGGGUCAGCCCUUCCCUAGGGCGGUCGCCCCUGGCGAGCCAGGCGCACUUCCCUGACACGCUGCCGCCCGGCGCGCCCGGCGCGCCAGGCGUGCCCGGCGCGCCAGUGCCCAGGCCUGCUGCCAAGAAGCGGGCCCCGGGCUCAUUGGUGGAUCCCCACGCAAGGAAGGCGCGGAGGAGCGGCAAGCCCUUCCAGCUCUGCGGCUGAAGCUGGCGAAAUCGUGUCCACAGCGACGGCUCUGUGCAGUGCUUGUUUGUGAGACACGCAAAGUUGGGGGGACUUGGGG